AGGUGCGGGUGCGGUGGACGCCCCCGCUGAAUCAGAACGGCCGGGCCAUUACCAGCUAUCGGCUGAAGCAUGACAAUGGCGUUGGAGGCGACUUCACGGAAGAAGUUCAGGUGGAGGUGGGUUUCUUGACCUUCAGCACGAUUAUCCCCGCCACGGUCACCGAAGUGGAGAUCCCAGUGCCCGAUGGCUAUGGAAAUGUGGGGCCCUUGCUGGACACCACGAAGCUCUAUCGAUUCGAGAUUCGAGCCUCCAACGAUGACCGAGCGGACCGGGACUUCCAAGUCGACGGUGGGGGGAUCUCCGACCAACCAGUGGUGAUCGCACUGCAGCCAGUGGCACAGGCAGGGCCGCCACUCAUGCCCGUGCUCGUGGAAGCGGUGGAGAAUGGCAACGAGGGCUUCAUCAGGAUCCGAAUUUCACCACCCAGCCUGACCAACGGAGGGCUCAUGGUGGAAUAUCGUGUCUACGGAAGCUACGUGCAGGAUGGAGUCUCACCGCCGUUGGAGCUCUGGUCGAGUGGCUUCACUCCGCUAGAGAUCGUGGACGUGCCCUUGUCGAAUCUCGUCGUUGGAGAGACCUACGUCUUUCAGGCCGCCUACCUCUUCUCACAGGGCGAGUCACAGAGGAGUGAUCCACUGGAGUUGGUUUGCUGCUACAUGACUCCACCGCAGGUGCCCACCAACCUCCGCCGGAUGCCGGAUGCCGGUGGCGAAGUCCCGGUGCAGACCGAUGACCGUAUCACCGUGAUCUGGGAUCCGCCCUCCUACGUGGGUUCCCGCGUCAUCACGCACUACCAGGUGGGCUUUACGCCUGUGACGGUGCUUCAGUCUGGAGAGACCUUGCGGAGCUCACAGGUCUUGAGAAACACCAGGUCCACCGAAGACCGGGAGAUGCAGUUCGACGGCCUGUCGGCCGGUGCCAGCUACGAGUUCGCGGUGCGCGCGGUGAGCGGCGCGGGCAACGGGCCCUGGAGCCAAGGCAUAGUGAUGCCUGCCUCUGGCUACAGCACGAUGCCUCAAACCAUCCACGUGGCGGAUCAGUCUGGCAGCUCCAUCGUCAUCGCCUGGGGUGAGCCCCUGCGCGUGGGCGCUGGCGGACUCCAAGGCUAUCUGAUUUAUGCCAAUGUGACCACCGCGCUACCAACACCAGCGCCUUACCUGGUGGGCAGCACCGUGGCAGGACAGAACAGCUUCACCUUCACUGGUUGGAGCUUCGUGGCCAAUGAUGGCCGCCUGCGGAACAUGGAGAUCAUUCCAGGCCGUAGCUACUCGUUCUUCGUCGAGGCGCAGAACGCCGCUGGGGUGGGGCCCUCCUCACGCUCGGAGACGGUGACAGCGGUGGCGGCCAACAAGCCCUCGGAGCCGCUGAACUUUGUGGUGGACCUGCCCACGCUCAGCACAGGCAUCGUGGCGCUGACCUGGACGGAGCCGCUGUCCGAUGGUGCGGCUGCGAUCAGCUCCUACCGCGUGCAACGAAGGAAGGUUUGGCCUGGCACCUUCCUCAGCCAAUGUUCAUUGUUGAUCAACAACCUGGGCGACGACGGCGGUGUUUGUGUGAUCGGGAACUUCUCGGCGCACGGGAACGGGGAACGGGAGUUGAUGGAAGAGCAGCCCGAACAGGUGCGCAUUUACACGGGCCGCGUCUCCGUGCGGAACGUCCGCCGCGCUCAGCAGAGCUCCAUCGCCUGUUCCACGGACGUCUUUGGAGAUCCGCUCUUCCCAACGGCAGUGUACAACCCGGACCUGGGCUUCGAGCCGCUUCGUGAGUGCUAUGUCUUCACAGAGUCCUGCGCAGAUGAGCCGCAGGGCUGGUACGAUGCCGAUGGCGUGGCCUUCGAUUGCGCGUGGUAUGCGAGCGAGCCGGGCCGUUGCGAGGUCUUUGGGGUUCGCUCCCCUGGCUUGUGGAGCCGCACAGCAGCGGAGGCAUGCUGUGCCUGUGGUGGUGGGACCAAGACCCUGCAGUUCGGCCUCUGCAGCAAGGAGGGGGGCAACUGCGACUUGAACGCCUCGGUGCCGGCCUUCGCCGGGACUCAGGCGGACUACAGCGAUGGGAUCACCCCAGUGUACUUCGGCAAGUUGGAGAGCAGCGUCUGGGACACCAGCCACCAAAACGGCGUUGUCUCCUGCAGCCGGGCCUUGGGAGGCGAGGUGACAGGCGUGGCAGACCUGGCAUAUGCCACGAACCAGUUUUGCUACGUCCUUGAGACGGACUUGGGCUCCUGGAUGGAAUUGAGUGCAGCCAGCUAUGAGAGCACUGCAUUGGCGUACAACGAUGUUCUGGCCGUGCCCAGCCACGAGUACGUCUACCGCACCUACGCCGUGAAUGCCGCGGGCUCGGGCUCCGUGAGCUACUCCAACGAGGUGAAGAUUGUGGUUGGGGGGCUACCAGACCCUCCAGAGAUCGUGAUCUUGGGCUCGGAUCAGAUGACGGUGCGCAUCAGCUGGAUCGAACCGCCAGGCCAAGGCCUUGAGGUGCAGGGCUAUCGAGUCUAUGUGGAUGGAGAGUUGGCGUAUGAUGGAGCCACCGAUCCGGUGACACGAGAGUUCACCUUGCUGAAUUGCACUCGUGGAGAGCUUCGAGACUUAGCGGUGCAGGCGGUGAACGGCGGCCUGGGCAAGGAGCCGAAUCAGAUCACCCGCUACUGUGCGCGACGUCCAUACCAGCCUGAGCCUCCCAUCAUCGUCCAUGUGGACUGUCAGGCUGAGGCCACUGACACGCGUGGACUGAUCGAGAAUCACAUUCGCAUCGCCUACCAGGAGCCCGUGGACAAUGGCGGUGUCCCGCUGACCGGGUGGCGGGUGCAACGAGCACAAGGGCAGUCGCUGCACUUCCGGGGCGUGGGACCCUUGUUCCCUUUGCCAGAAGAUCAAGUGGUCUUUGACGACUACAACGACUUGGACGGUGCGGGGCGGAUUGGCUUGGUCUACGGCGAGAUUUACAAGUAUCGCGUGGUUGCGGUGAAUGGCAUCGAUGAGUGGGACGACGAGAGCGCCUCUGACUACACCAUCGUGAGAUGCGACAGCCAGGCGCAGCCCACGCCUUGGUGGCUGCUUUUGAACCAAAGCUCCAAUGUCUCCACCGACACCACCGUCGCAACCAGUGUGACAGUGACCACCACCGUGGUCACUGGCUUCGUGUGGAUGGAGGUCGAGACCACCACAACCACCACUGCGUUGCGGGUGGUCACUGCCAGCGACGCCUUCUACAAGCUCUUGGGUUUGGACCCUCAUGAUAUCUACCUGGUCGAGGAUCCUGAAGAAGAGAACGUAUCUGAAAUGAUCCUGCGCUGGAACGACUUACAGCUUCUGGCGACACCACCGACGAUGAGCAUCGCCUGGACGGCGUGCAAUGCCACGGCCAAGUAUGGUGUGAGCCGGCCCAGUCCCUGCGCCGAGUUCUUCCCAGACAGGUCGGACAUCAGGGGCUGCGUCCGACUGGAGUUCGAAGCGCCCAAGAACACCUCCUGGGAUUGCCCCGUCGAGGAGUUCGAGAUUUGGCGCAACGAAGAGCAUAUCGCAACAGUGCCCUCAGACCAGAAUGGCAUUGUGGAUGGCUUCACAGAUCUCUCGAACACGGCCUCCCAUUUGCUGUACCCUGGAAACCUUUUCGGCUGCUAUGUCACCGUGCCCAACACCAACCUUCAUGACCAGCAGAUCUACAAGAUGCGAAGCAGGAACUGUUUGGGCUGGGGUCCUUUUUCUGACGAUCUGCUCACAGCGGUGAUCAACCCGCCCUUUCCGGUCUGUGGACAAUGGGGCUUCGACAGCCAGUGGCAGUACGUUUGCACCUUGCCGGGCCUCAGUGCAACGCCGUUGAACGCCACUUCUGCGCGCUUCGACUGGAUCCUGCUGCAGGAGGUGCCUUUCGUGGAUGUGGCAUCGAACUUCUCGCGCGUCCAGGAAGUCAUUGGACAAGUGGGUGGUGGCGAAUAUUUGACCCUCUCACAGCAGCUGAUUGGAUCCUAUGAUCCUCGCAUGCUCUUGGGCUACGAGCUGUUCGUGGAUGAUGGCCUAGGCGGGCCCUUCCAACUGGCCUUCGAUGGAAAAUCGAGUCGUUGGACCAACACGGCGACGAUCACCUUAACGCCGAACCGCGACUACCGCGCCUUCGUGCGGGCCGUGAGCCUGGCCGGGAACGGCGAUGCGAGCAACAUGCUGUAUUUCAAGAUGGCCAUGCCCCUCCCACCCCCAGAGAUCCUAUCGGUCACCGCUGUUUCCCUGAAGUCGGCCAUGCUCCGCUGGCAGAUCGGCGCCGCAACGGCCGACGAGCUGGCGAUCACCAGGUACAUCGUGCAGAUCGCGAUGGAGCCCACGUUCGAUGCGUGGUUCGACGUGCCGAACUCGCCCGCGGACAACACGGAGUACAGUUUGCUGAUCACACAGCUGGAGCCGGACUUCAAGUAUGCCACCAGGAUACUGAGCGCCAGUGUGAAUGGUCAGGGCCUCCCAUCAGAGCCCUUCUACUUCUGGGCUGGCCUGCUACCCACGGAGGGCGCUUGCUUGGUCCAGCGCGUGGAAUCUGCCGAGGGGCUCAUCACCAUCCAAUGGCAGUUCCCAUCCGGCGACAUGCUGGGGACUGGGACGAGGAUGGAGGCAGUGACCACGGAUUGGGGCGUUAAAGGAUAUAUGUGGGAUCCGAAGGAGCAGCCCAGCUUGGUCUAUGAUGGUUAUGGGAACCCUACGCAGUUGGAGUUCACCGUAGCGAACGCCACCUGCGGCAACGACUACUUGGUGGCAUUGUCCUUGGUGACCAUGAUCGGCGAAGGCCCCAUGUCUACACCCUUGGCCGUCACCAACGCCAGGUUGCCCGGUGUUCCUCGCAGCGUGGUGGUGACGAACACCACGACCAGCAGCAUCUCCUUGGCCUGGGAAGAGCCCGAAGACACAGGUUGCGUGCCCAUUCACCAGUAUCGAAUUCUGCGGUACUACGGCGAUCAAGGCUUCCAGAUCGUGGGCUACGCGGACGCCGCCAGCGCAGUCUUGCAGAUUCCAGCGGGGCGGCAGUACGUUGACGACGGGGGUUGCUUCAUCGCGCCUCCUUUGGUGGAUGAUGGAUCCUGUAAUUGCCCACCUUCCUGCUUGAGUGCAGGCAACCUCUACCGCUAUCAGGUCCAAGCCUGUGUCUUGGGUGCCUACGGAGAUGAGACUUUGGAGUUGACGGAGGGCCCCUUGGGUUGCGGCCCCAACAGUGGCACCGUCUCGGCGUAUGCGGCCGACGUGCCUGGCCCGGUGCGAGACAUUCGUCUCGGAGAGCCUGAAGGGACGGAGGUGCUUCUGUAUUGGACGGCCCCAGCCGACGAUGGCAUGAACGGUUCCAGCUACACCUACGAAGUGGAGAUGGACGUGGGUGGCGUCUUCGUGUCCUUGGGGAACACCAGUGCGACCAGCUUCCGUGUCACACAGCUCCAACUUCAGUUUGCUUAUGUCUUCAGGAUCAGCUCCCAGAACGCUGCGGGCUACGUUACACGCUCAAACAUCUUCAGCUAUACUGCCACCACGCCGCCCGAUGCGCCUGACCCACCAAGCCCCAUCCCGCGCGCGGAAUGGGUGAGCAGUGCCUUCUUCGAGCAUCCGUCCAUCUCUUCGACCCCUGUUCCCGAAGGUGUCACUGUCCGCUUCUCCCCCACCGCGGUGCAGGGAUACGCCUGGGCAGUGGUCCUGAGCGAGGCCAAUGCCUCCAAUGCCACUGCAGCGUCCAUCAAGGCUGGCACGAACGCGGUGGGCGGGGCGCUCUGCUCUCGCCAGCAGGAGGCGGUCACCCGUGCCCAGCUCUACUUGUGGCGCCUGGGCAGUGACGACGAUCCCAGCGACCCCACGGGCUGCUUCUUGUCCCACGGGGAGCGCUACGCCAUCGUGGUCUAUGUGCAGAGCGUGGCCAGCUUCGACGCCGGCUUAGCGGAUGGUACCCUCUCGGGGGGCGUCCACUUCACUGUCAUCACUGGCCUCUCGAACACCUUCCACAGCUCGCCCCAUCUCAAUAGUCCAUUGACGGAAUCGGGUGUGACCUUGGCCUUUACGCCGCAGCGGAACGGCUGGGGAUGGGCCAUGAUCCUACCAGAGCAGACCGCGCGGACGGCCAACAAGGAGACGGUCUACAACUUGACGGGCGCCUUGGGAGGACCUUUCUGCAAGCACGGCCCACGUCAGCUCUUCGCCUUGCGAGAAGAGGCCUGGGUCUUUUCGGGCUGCCUGCUGACGGUGGGAAACCGCUACACGGUGUUGGCCUACAUUAGUGGCAUUGGCGCUCACCUGGAUGGGCUCGUCGAGACGGCUUCAGCCGUGGCAUCCCAAGCAUCCAACGCCUUCUCGACGUAUCCGACGAUCUCUGGAGCACCCUCGGGUGAUGGCAUCACCGUGCAGCUCCGGGCGAGGUCCGAUGGCUAUUUGUGGCUCAUGAUCACCGUGGGCCCAGUGGCCCUGACCAUCGACCUCAUCAAGGCGGGCAACGGUGCAGUAGGGAGCAGCAGCUGCCAGUUGUUGCAGCAGUAUGUGGACACCUCGUUGCAAUCCUUCCGUCUCUCCGGCUGUAAGUUGAACAGUGGACCGGAGUAUGCGCUCCACGCCUACAUUGAGGGCGUCGACACGGUGGAGAACGAUGGGAGCUUCGCGGGCACCGUGACGUUUCAAGUGACGCCCUCGAACAUCUUCGUGGUCUAUCCCUCGAUUGUCUCAGAGAUCACUGGCCUCGGCUUCAGCUUCCAGAUGACAACCUCCUUCAGCGGGCAAUUCUGGUGUAUGCUCAAUGAGGGCAAUGCCUUGCAGACAGUGGAGGCGUUGAAGCUGGGUACCGGUGCCUUGGGCUUGGCUGAUUGCCAGCGUUCCGCGGAGACCCUUACCGGCAGCUUGCAGGAGAUUCUGAUGACGAAUUGUCAGCUCAGCCAGGAUCGAUUGUACAGCCUCUUCGUUUACAUCGAGGAUUUCAACGGAAACAACGAUGGCAUUUUGGCAGGGCCAUUGACUUUUUACGUGCAAGACAGCAACGACUUCGAGGAUUCGCCACAGGUCAUGGCGCCUCCAGAGCCCGAGACCUUCCAGUUGAGCCUGGUCGCCGCGCGCGAGGGCUUCGCCUGGGGCGCGACCUUUACGGACUAUGCGGAGGCUCUGCAGUACUACCAGGAUGCGCCAAGCUUUCUCGACAGGUUCUAUCCCUUCAGCAACGAGUCCUGCGCUCCAGCGCAAAUCCCUGUGCUGGCGGAGAAUUUCACGAACAUCACCUUCACUGGAUGCGGCUUCAACUACAGCACCAGCUACUGGGCCCUGAUCUACAUCGAAGGUCUACAGAAGACUCGCUCGGGUGCCAUGUCAGCACCUGUGGAGGUUCCUGUACCUGCCUCCAACACCUUUGUCGUGGAGCCUAUGGCCCUGGCGUCACGGCCCUACUACGCGGAGUUCGAGAUGUCCACGGUGAAGCCAGGCUUCCUUUGGAUCAUCGUUGUGCACGCGAACCACACUGCAGAGGUGGACGAAGUGGCAGUGAAGACUGGCAGCUUGCUGAGUGGGAACACUGUGAACUGCAAGCUCUUGGAUGUCGAGGUGAAUGAGACGGUGCAAAGCUACCGAGUGGAGAAUUGCCUUUUGAUAGCGACCUAUGAGUACUACGCCUUCUUCUAUGCUGAAGGUCCUUUCCGCGCGGAGGAGCCAGAUGGAGUGAUGUCAGGCCCUUUGCUGGUCUGGUACAACUCCUCGAACACCUUCAUACAGGAGCCGCGGAUUCGGGGGACGAUGACCACGAACGUCUUCUACUUCAGCUUCGUUCCAGAGAAGGACGGCAACUUCUGGGCCGUGGUGGGGGAUUCCGCUACUGAAGGUGUCUUGAACAUCUGGAACCUCAAGAGCAUGCAGUACGGGCAGCCUGCGGCCGACUGUAAGCGCCAACGGAAGUACGUCACUGGAGGCUUGGUCAACGAUGAGGAGUUCCUCUUUUGCUACUUCGAGCGAGGUCCACAGACCUACAGGUUAUAUGUCUAUCUGGAGGACACCAACGACGCGGAUGAUGGGAUCAUGUCCUCCGUCGGCAUCAUCGUGCCAGGUUCCGCGGAGGUCACGAACGAGUUCUCCUUCCGGCCUUACCUUCUGGAGCCGGUGACCAUCCGCGGCUGCAAGUUCACCUUCCGUCCAGCCAAGACUGGUUACGCCUGGGCGGGGCUCAUGGCGGAAGCCUCCUGGAGCUACCGGACACCCGUGAACAACUCCAAUGGCAACUACGCGGAUGUGCAGAGCAUCGAGAUUUAUGACAUCAUGUUCUUCGUUGACAUGGUGGGCUCUGAAGCUCUUUGCUACCAGCAGGCCAUCCCCAUCACCGCGGGCCAAGAUGAAACGUGGGAGUUCCUGAACUGCGGCCUGGUCCCUGGGACGCGCUACCGGCUCUUCGUCUACGUCAUUGGGGAGGACUACUGGGAUGUGGCCGCGGAUCCCGACGCCUUGACGCGAUCUCCUUUCUGGAACCAGUACCACAGGGACAACGGCCGCGUGAGCAAUGGCGUGUUGGUGGCGCCGCAGUACUCCAACGAAUGGGCCUGGCCUGAUGGCCAUCCUUACAUCUCCCAGGGCCCACAUGGCAUGGGCAUGGAUGUGACCUUCUCCACGGCAAAGCCGCAAGGCCUGGUGUGGGCCGUGGUCCAGGAUGCCGCAGAUACGAACUUCACGAUCUCGGCGAUCAAGUCGGCCGACAAGGCCUGGGGUCCCUUCCCCUGCCGACAGAUGGGCGCUCCAGCAAUAUAUGCGGCCACUUACACCUUGACCUUGUCCAGUUGCAGCUUGCUUCCCACACCCAAGUUGUACGUGUUGAUCCUCUACACCGAGGACCAAGCGGUUCAGAACGACGGGAAGUGGUCGGAUCCGAUCUAUUUCGAGGUUCCGGUGUCCAACGGCUUCGUGAUCCCGCCCACGGUGGUGGGCGACCCCGGGCGGGACACCGGGAUCAGCCUUUCCUUCGAGGCAAAGGUCUCGGGCAAAGUGUGGAUCUACGUGGCCACCAAGGCGUCCGCGGAUGCCACCACGGUGACCAUCCCCAACGUCAAAGAUGCGGUAAACGUCUUUGACCGGACCAAUUGUCUGGUGAAUGGCCUGUCUGUGCCGGCGUCCCUGCAGGUGAUCUCGAUGCCCAACUGUCCCUUGGUCUACUUGAGCUCUUACGUGGUCUACAUCUACAUCGAGGAUCACAAAGCGCAUUUCGAUGGGACCUUGUCCACGCCUCUCAACGUCACGGUGGGAGCAUCCAAUGGCUUCACCGUGGAGCCAGCCUUACUUUCAGUGCCCACCACCGAUCAGAUUGACUUCCGCUUCACCCCCAAGAAGAGGGGCCGUGCCUGGGUGGUGGUCACACCCUCGGCGUCCUUGGUGGAGCCUCCUUCCAGGCCGCGGAUGGUGGCGAACGUGGGCGCCGUGGGGCAGAUCACGUGUCGCGUGAGUGGGGCGACCAUCGAGGCCACACAGCAGAGCUACUCUUUGACCGGAUGCCAGCUGGAUCCAGGCCAAAUCUACGCGCUCUACGUGUACGUCGAGGACCACCGGUACAACACGGAUGGGACCUUGUCGCGCACGGUCUUUGUCAAGGUGAUCCGAUCCAACAACUUUGCCGUCUCGCCGGUGCUGGUGACGUUGCCCACCCUGGACGGGGCGACGGUCCGCUUCCAGGCCACCGACGCCGGCCGAGCCUGGGGGAUGGCCGUCGACGCCAUUGGCGGCUCAGGUGUCACUUCCUUGUCAAUCAGAAGCUUGCAAGGGGCCUUGGGUGGUCCAGAGUGCUAUUUCCAAGAUGAGCCGAUUGAUGCCAGUCUUCAGCUGUGGAACUUCACGAAUUGCCAGUUCGAGGAUAGCAAGACCUACAUGCUGUUCAUCUACAUCGAAGCCUGGCCGUCGGUGGAGGGCGAUGGGAUGCUCUCAGGUCCCAUGAUCGCCUCCUUCUUUGAUAGUUCCAACGUCUCGGUCACCGAGAGCUCGGACCAGAGCCCGGUGCUCAUCGUGGAGAACAUCCCCACCGUCUCGAACUGGUUCCGCGAGGAUCCUCGGCAGACGGGCCCUGCCUCGCCCAACGGUGCCACCUUGAUGUUGCGGGGCGCUGGUGAUGGGCUGCUCUAUAUGUUGCUCACACGCUAUCGGCCCCAGGUGAGUGGCGAGACGGUGCGGAACGGCUGGAAUGCUGUGGGAGGCCCCAACUGCCAACAGCAAGGAGUCCCCAUCACUGCCCAGGCGGUCACCGUGCAGCUUUCGGACUGUGGGCUCCUGCGAGGUCGCUACUACUACGCCUUUGCGUACGUGACCGGCCCUGAGGGCGGCCUCAAUGGAACCUUGAGCCCCGGUGUGGAGAUCUUCGUGCCCACAGCCUCCAACGGUUUCUCCUUGGAACCGCGGCUCUUAGCGACACCGCGCAUGGCGGAAGUGAGCUUCGAAUUUGCCGCCACGCAGGAGUUCGGCUUGGCCUGGGUGAUGAUGGUGGAGGCCUGGCAAGCGCAUGAACUUUCGGUGGAGCAGGUGAAGAGCUUCACCAAUGCUGUGGGCUUCAGCAACUGCCGCCAGAGCUCGCUCUCCAUCGGCACCUCUACAGUCCAGGUGGUCCUCUCCGAGAGCGCCCCCAACGCGGGGGACGGUUGCGGCUUGGUCUCCGACGGGAUGUACGUGGCGGUGGUCUACGUGGAAGAUUUGAACGGUCUCAACGAUGGGACCUUGGCUCAGCUCUUGGUCCAUGUGAGCCCUGAGAAGGCUUUGUCAAACAUCUUGGGUGCAGGGCCUAUGAUGGCACAGAACCCUUCAAGCAGUGAUGUUCGGCUGAAGUUUGUGGCAGUGGUGCCGGGGAGGUACUGGGCCUUCAUUUUGCCUUCAGACAGGAUCAAUGUCUUCACCGUGGAGACGGCGAAGUUCAUGGACCUGAACCCGGACACCGUGGGGCAAGCGACCUGCCGAAAGAACGAGGUCGUGAUGGGCGUGGGUGAGACCAUCGUAGAGCUAACAGGAUGCGAUUUGGUGCUGAGUGGCGCUGGAAUUACCUUUUACUCCGCCUUCGUGUAUGUGGAGGACGACACUGGGACCACAGGAGAGCUCUCACCACCGAUCAAUGUCUUAAACAUCAGCAACAGCUUUCUGUGGCCCUAUCCCACCAUCGCCGCCUUCGACACCAAUGGCUCCCUCUCAGUGGAGCUCUAUCCGCGGAACUCGGGCCGCCUGUGGGCGCGGAUUUUCCUUGCAACGCUCUACUUGACCGUGGAGCGCUAUUCCGGGGAGUUGUCCUUGGACGUCCUGAAGAACUGGCCAGCUUAUCCUAACAAUGGGCCGUCCUACGAGAACGCCAACUGCAGCUUCGAUGCCUUGGACUUCACGGUGGAGCUGAACCCGUUUGGCGGCCAGGCCAAAACGUGGUUGAACUUCAGCAACUGCACCUUCGAUCCCCGCACCGAGUACAUGAUAGGGAUCUACAUCGAGGAUUUCAACGACAACAGUGAUGGAGAGAUCAGCAGUGUGCGGGUACUGAAGCUGGCUGAUGCUAGCAACUACUUCAUCAUUUCACCCAGACUCCUGGGCACCGCCUAUGCUGAUAACUUCACCAUGGAGUUUCGGACAGCCUACGCAGGUCUUGCCUGGUGCGCAAUCGUUUUGCCUGAGAUGGUCCAAGAAGUACCUGGAGCUUCAGUGAUGAGUGGCACCGUCAGUCUAGGUGGGCCUUCCUGCUGUCGUAGCUCGAUGCCCAUCACUACAAUGCAGAACGAGCUACAAACCUGGAGUUUGACACACUGUGGGCUAUCGAUGGACACGGAGUAUGUCUUCCUGAUGUAUAUUAGCCUUGGUGGGCUGGACGGUACCCUCAACUCUGGAUAUCGCUUCAAGACCUUUGGCACUUUGGGCCAUAUCCGAGUAACCUGGCUUCAAAAAGAGACGGAUGUGGGAGGCCCCGUGGACCGCUACCGGCUCUUCCUCAACGGCACGAAGAUCUAUGACGACUACAGCCUUCGCGGCAGCCUGGAAACCAAUCGUGCAGGAUCCCCACCACAGUGGGUGCGGGUGGUGGAUGUCGCCUGCACGCCAGGCAUCAACUACGAGAUCACCUUGAGUGGGCGGAACUUCGCCGGCUGGUCGUCCCAAAGCGCCCCACUGGUUACUGGCUGCUUCCUGCGUCCCGGGAGCAUCUCAAAUCUUCGGGAGGUCCAAUCCUGGCAGCUCAGUGAGGACCGCGCCGCUUUGGCCCUUGCCUGGGACGCUCCACUGGACUCGGCGGGCGCCGACACGGCUUACUACAACGUCUACCGCGACCAGGGUCUUCGGCAGGCGCUCUUCCAGCUGAUCGGCACCACGCAGACGCCCUUCUUCAACGACACUGGCUUGGAUGCUGGCAGGGCAUACGGCUACCAGGUCACUGCGGUGAAUGCCUUUGGUGAAGGAGCUGUGAGUGACGUGCUCUUUGUGCAAGCGGCGGACACUCCAGUGGAUGCCUCUCAAAGGGACUUGUCAGGCUUGCUGAGCCAAGCCAACGUCCAGCUCACACCGGCCGCCACCUUCGGAGUACUUGAUGAGGUGGGUGGAGUGGUGCAAAUCUACAGCGACAUGGCACGUGAGCUCCGUGUUGAGGGCUACACCGGUCAACGCCAGGCGCAUGUGGCUGCCUUUGGCCCCGUGCGCUUAGCGUUGGAGGCACUGGACCUGGCAGGGAACACUGGAGAGGAGGAUCCCUGUGAGGAAUCCAAACUGGCGAUCGCCGUGGGUGACCUCCAUCACGAGUUUUGCGCUGGCGACCUCGCUGAAGCGAACUCCGUCGUCCAUGCGCUUUCGCAUGGGGACUUUGCCCUCAUCAGCUGGCAGACUGGCUGGAUUAGCUCAUCCAGUGACACCUCAUCCAGCGGCUGGAGGAUUAGCUUGACGCCGUGGCGCUAACCCGCCAAAGCUUGCGGGGGCGCCCACAGCGUUGGCUGUGCUGCGUUUUCUCAGAGGCGAAGAAAGCAGUGGAGC